AUGAUCUCCAAGUGCCAGUCUGUGAAGACCUGUCUGACGUGCAAGGGCAAGCACCACACUACACUGCACGACGCGUACACAUCGCCCUCCUCCAACGAGGUGAACGCCCUGUCUGCGAUGCACUCCUCGUCUGAGCGUAAAGCGAUCCUCCUCGCGACAGCUCGCGUGCACCUCACUGACCGCGCCGGGGAUCUUCAUCCGGUCCGAGCGAUGCUCGAUCAAGGAUCCGAGGUGUCGAUCAUCUCCGAAGCACUGGUCCAACGGCUGAGACUUCCCCGCUCCCGCUCCUCAGUGUCCAUAAUCGGCAUCGGCGAAUCACGAUCCGGGUCAACCCGCGGGAGAGUGGCACUCAGUCUCUCCUCGAUGAUCACCGGAGCCAAACUCAAGGCCGUCGCCUUCGUGUUACCGCGCCUGUAUCAGGAGCUCGAUCCGGUAGAACUAUUGUUGGGCGCGGAAGUCUGCUCAACCAUCCUUGAGGUCGGCCUUCGCAAGGGUAGUCCUCAAGAUCCCAUCGCCCAGAAAACAGCCCUGGGAUGGAUCCUGUCAGGGGGGUCCAGCGCAGCACCCUUCCAAGGACCCCGUAACUCCUUGCAGUGCACUGUCGACCAAGAGCUCAAUCAGCUUGUGCACAGCUUUUGGGAGCAGGAAAGGGAACUCCCCUCCUCCGUUGCCCUUAGACCGGAGGAUCAAGAGUGCGAGACCCUCUUCAUAAGUACUCACCAGCGAAUGGCGUCCGGAAGAUACGUAGUACGACUCCCGUUUUCUUCCCCGCCAACGUCGCUUGGUGGAACCCGUAAACCGGCUGAAAGUCUCUUGUCAGCGAUGGACCUUCGGAGCAAGAGAGAUCCUGAGUUCGGCGUCCGGUAUCGGGAGUUUAUGCAGGAGUACGAGGACCUGAAACACAUGAGUCCUGUGAAUACGGUCGGUACCGCAGGAUGCUACCUACCUCACCACGGAGUCCUCCGCCAGUCCAACUCCUGCAGCAAGCUCCGCGUCGUCUUCAACGGGUCGCAACGUACCGCCUCGGGGGACUCCCUCAACCGACAUCUGCUGAUCGGCGCCAACUUGCUGCCAGCACUAGCUGAUGUCCUCCUUCGCUGGCGCCGGCACCGCUUCGUGUUCGUCACCGACAUCGAGAAGAUGUUCCGGCAGAUACUCGUCCACCCUGAAGAUCGUCGCUUCCAGCGGAUACUCUGGCGUCCAAAGGCUUCCGGCAAGAUCCAAGAGUACGAGCUGAACACCGUGACCUACGGGCUCGCCUGUGCUCCGUUCCUCGCUGUCCGCACUCUCCACCAAUUGGCGGCCGACGAGGAGGCACGAGCCCCAAAGGGAGCAACCGCUCUGCGCCAUGACUGCUACAUGGACGACGUGAUCACCGGGUCGGACACCUUGCAGCACGCGGUCGCCCUGCAGACGGAGCUCCGAGAGCUCUGCACGGCGGGCGGGUUUCCGCUGCGGAAAUGGGCCGCCAAUAGCGAGGCCAUCCUUGAGGGUGUUCCUCCCGAUUAUCGACUCAAACAGGCACACCAUUCCUGGGAGAGCGAGGUACACUCCACCUUAGGCCUGCGUUGGCAUCCAGCCAGCGACGACUUCUCCUUCGCCAUCCAGCCUCGAAGCACUGGCGAAUUCACUAAGAGGCGAGUCCUGGCGGAAACGGCACGGCUAUUCGACCCCUUGGGAUGGCUCGCUCCUGUGAUCAUCCGCGCCAAGAUCUUAAUCCAGUCAGCAUGGUUGAAAAGGCUGGACUGGGACUCUCCGCUCCCAGCGGAGGACGCUCAGUCUUGGCAGCGCCUCCUCUCCGAGCUCCAUUUGCUGGAGCACCUCCGAAUAAGGCGCUGGCUGGGUGUCAUUCAACAGGAUCCGACGGUCGAGAUCCACGGCUUCGCCGACGCGUCUGAGCGUGGAUACGCGGCCGUCGUCUACCUUCGCGUGUCCAGUACGGAAGAGACGUCCAUCCACUUACUGGCCGCGAAAAGCAAGGUCGCGCCGAUUAAGCCCGUGACGCUCCCACGGCUGGAACUCUGCGCUGCCUCCCUGCUGACCAAUCUCGUUCACCACCUCCGGUCAUCACUGGAGGUGUCGGCGCCAGUAUAUCUCUGGUCCGACUCCAAGGUUGUCCUCCACUGGAUCAAGGGUCAUGCUUCACGAUGGAAAACCUACGUGGCCAAUAGAGUGUCGCUGAUCCAGAAGCGGCUCCCCGAAGCGCAGUGGCGACACGUCCCGGGUCAAGAGAAUCCUGCCGAUUGUGCUUCCAGAGGGAUCGCUCCGAGGGAUCUGCUGAACCACCCCCUAUGGUGGCAGGGCCCCGGCUGGCUUCUCGGCGACUCGUCACUAUGGCCAGCCAGCGACGAGGCAUCAAUGGUCAGCGUUCCUGAAACAAAAACCACGGUAUUAACGGCCAUCAGCAAGAUCAGACCGGAGCCUGAAAUACUCCUACAGUUCUCGACACUGCAUAGGCUCUUACGUGUCUCUGCUUGGUGCCUUCGUUGGCGUCGGACCGCUCGUCAUCCUCCCAGCGUCGCACUGCUCUCGGACGAGCUCGACGCCUCCCUCAUUCGCUGGCUGAGAAUCGUCCAAGGGAUCCACUACGCCGUUGAACUAACCGCCGUACGAGAGUCUCGCCUAGUGCCUCGCGGUAGCCACCUGGCCAGGCUGCAUCCAUUCAUCGACGAUGACGGGAUCCUGCGCGUCGGCGGCCGCCUGAAACACGCAAUACUCACGUACGAUGAACGACAUCCUAUGAUAGCGCCGCCCACUUCAUGGCUCACCAAGCUCGUGAUAGAGUCUUGCCACCGCCGGACGCUUCAUGGAGGCACUCAGCUCACUUUGGGGCUCCUUCGCCUCCGCUUCUGGGUGUCGCAAGGUCGAGCCGUAAUCAAGCGGACACUGCACCGAGCCGUCCAUCUUGAGGUAGUAUCUGACUACUCCUCUGACGCCUUCCUCGCAGCAUUCCGCAGGUUCGUUUCCCGUCGCGGACUGUGCGAGGAAAUGUACUCGGACUGCGGAACUAACUUCAUCGGAGCGGACAACCAACUCCGAGAAUUCUUCCGCGCGUCGUCCUCCGACGGCCGUCGCAUCUCUCGGGAAGUCGCCAAGGAAGGAAUAUCCUGGCGCUUCAAUCCUCCCGCCGCGCCGCACUUCGGAGGCCUCUGGGAAGCGGCAGUGAAAUCCAUGAAACAUCACCUGCGACGGGUGAUAGGAGAGACUACGCUCAUCUUCGAGAAGAUGAGUACUCUUCUUUCACAAAUCGAAGCAUGUUUAAAUUCUCGUCCAUUGCAGGCUUUAUCAGAUGACCCCGACGACAUCACCGCAUUGACUCCAGGGCAUCUCCUAAUAGGCGCUCCUCUACUGGCGGUCCCAGAGCCUUCCCUAGCCGAACGGUCUCCGAACGCCCUAUCCCGGUGGCAGCUGCUGCAACGAAUGCGUGACCACUUCUGGCAGCGAUGGUCUCAGGAGUAUGUCCACGCCUUGGCACCUCGAUCAAAAUGGCUCAACUCCGAGCCCGUUCCGGAGGUCGGAACAUUUUGCCUCAUCCGUUCGGAGAUCACCCCGACUUCCCGAUGGCCCCUCGCGCGAAUACUCGCCCUGCAUCCAGGAAGCGAUGGCACGGUCCGCGUUGUGACUGUCCGCACCUCUACCUCGGAUCUCGUUCGGCCAGUCGUAAAACUCGUCCUUUUACCGGGAGUCAAGGAGGCUCGCGCGUCCGUAGACGAAUAA